CAGUAUAAAAUUUAUACUAAAUACACAGCUUUGUCGUAGGGGGAGCUGUGAAUCGGUUUGGCAUUUUGUUGCUGUAAAUAUACAAUAACAAAUAUUAUUUUCAAAGAGUAUACCUGAUAUUUAUUAAUGAAUGAUAUUUGUUCAAGAAAAUUGAUCGAACAAUGUGAUAUUAUUGACAAAAAAUAUUUAAUCAUUAUUUGGAAAAUUUUUGUAUAUUUUUCCGUUAUGUAUUCAUUAAAUUUAGAGGACAUUAUUUAUCGAUAAACGUCACUACAUAAAAGUCAAAUCUUAUUUUAGUUGGAGAAAAAAUCGUUUAAGUGAAAUGAAUAAUUAUUUUAAUUACCAAAGUAUUUUUUGAACAUCACGUUUACAGAGGACACGUGUUGUUUCACGUGUAAACUGUCGUUUACUGUGACGCGCUCCGAAAUUGGGUUGUGUACGCUCCAAACACGUAAAACAUUUGUUUCGUUAUAUUAUUUUAAAUAAAUAGUUGAUAAAAAAAGGAAGAAAAUUAUAUAAACAGACAAAAUGACUGAAAAAUUACGAAGAUACGAGAAAAUUGAUUUUCUAGGAGAAGGGCAGUUUGCAACUGUUUAUAAAGCCAAAGACAUUGAAACUUCAAGAAUUGUUGCUGUGAAAAAGAUUAAAGUUGGAAGCCAUGCAGAAGCUAGAGAUGGAAUAAACAGGACAGCUCUAAGAGAAAUUAAAUUGCUGCAAGAAUUGAAACACGAUAAUGUGAUUGGUUUAUUAGAUGUUUUCGGUCACAUGUCCAAUGUAUCCUUGGUAUUUGAUUUUAUGGACACAGAUUUGGAAGUAAUAAUAAAAGAUAACAAUAUUGUAUUAACUGCUGCGAAUAUUAAAUCAUAUAUGAUUCAAACUUUGCAAGGUCUAGACUACUUGCAUUACAACUGGAUACUGCAUAGAGAUUUAAAGCCAAAUAAUUUACUUGUUAACGGAGAAGGUGUGUUAAAGAUUGGUGAUUUUGGUCUUGCCAAAUUUUUUGGUUCUCCAAAUAGAAUAAACACGCAUCAGGUGGUGACAAGAUGGUACAGAUCACCUGAAUUGUUAUAUGGAGCAAGACUCUAUGGAACUGGGAUAGAUAUGUGGGCUGUUGGAUGUAUAUUAGCAGAACUUUUAUUACGAGUACCAUUUUUACCAGGAGAAUCUGAUUUAGAUCAACUUACUAGAAUAUUCCAGACAUUAGGUACACCUACAGAAGAAACAUGGCCAGGAAUGACUGAACUACCAGAUUUCAUUCAGUUUAAACCAUUUCCUGGAACGCCGUUAAAACAUAUAUUUACUGCAGCUGGUGAUGAUCUCUUAGAUUUAAUUGCUAGUCUUUUAAAUGUGAAUCCCUUGGAAAGAUGUACAUGCGAUCAGGCUCUUCAAAUGCCAUACUUCAGCAACAAACCAGCGCCAACUCCUGGACCUAGAUUACCACUUCCUACGUCUGUAAAACGCCAACCAGAGGAGAAGCCUAAUCUAAAAAGGAAACUGCUAGAAUCAAUAGAUGGUGCAUCGCUUGCGAAACGAUUACAGUUUUAACUAGAAUUUUAAUUAGAAUCAAUUACGAAUUGUUGCAACGAAUAAUUCAUUAUUAUUAAUUUUGUUAUGUAAAUGUAUUUGCGAAUGCAAUAUACGAUUGAAAAAGACACGAGAAUGCGCGUAAUGAUUUGAAAUUAUAAGGUAUAUUAAAGAGAAAGUAUUCACAGAUCAAUUAUGUGAUAACAAUGAUGAACUGAUGUAUUUUUGUUAAAAAAUGAUUACUAAAACAACCAAUGAAACAUGAAAUAUCAAGUAUUAAACAUUAAAAAAAUAUUUGUCUCUAGUAUUUAAUUUAUAGCAUAUGAACAUUAAGAGAGGACAGGAAUAUAUCACGGGUUGAAAUAAUAAUGCAUUUUUGAAAAAUACAACAUUAUGCUGCAUUAAUUUUAUUAACUUAAAAACUAGUAAGAAAUGUUUGAUACGUGAACAAUUUCGUAACCGGUGAAAAUAUUUGAAUUUCGGUUGCUUAAAAAAGGUCAUUCGCCGAUAACAAAAUCAUUAAAACUGUAAUGACAUUUCGCAGCGUAUUCUUUUUCCGCAGGGAGAGUAAUCACUCCAUUUCUAUAAGUACAAACAUUACCAACCCUUUUUCAUAUCUACUUGCGAUGAUCCGUUGACAUUUUCUAAUUUGUGGAAAAAAUUGUUGAUUAUAAACGAUCACGUUUCUUUCUUUCGCAAAUACAUACUCUUUCUUGAAAGAAAGAGCUUGUAUUGCUUUGUGUUUUCCUCUUACUUUGACAAUGACUGUACGUCGCUCAUCUGCGAUAAGCUUGUAAAUAGUCUUUUUAUGAGUACUGCUCACGUGUGAUCGUACCUUUUCAACGAAUUUCAAACUAAAUCCGUGCACGACUUGAAAUAUAUAGCUAUUACACAUAUACAUAAACCUAAUCAAUACUGAUGGGUAACAAGAACGUAAAUACAAUUUAAUUGUACGUACAAAAUCUAUAAACUUUUUGUAUUAAUGCACAUAUCAACGUGAACUGCCUACCUUCGAACGCGAUUUGAGAAAUAGUACAUUCGCUGUGGAAUAAGUUAUGAGAAUAGAAUAGGAUUUCGUAUUUCGAUAUAUUACAUAAAGCUGUAACAAAAUUUGUUUCAUACUGUACACGUAGUUACAUUAAAAGCAUAACUUAAGAUGACAUGUGCAUUUAAAUACUGAAGCAACAUUUAAUAAUUUUCCAAUAUACUUUGUUCGAUCCUGACAUAGAGGUGCUAAGCUAGAGGUUUGGUGUAAAUGAAACAUGACAGUUUUCAAAUAAGAUAUACGUUAGAAGAUUACCACAUUUUGAAUAUACAACUGUAAUUUAUAAAAUUAAAUUCUGGUUUUGUGGAACAUUACAGUAUUUCCAUGACACUUUUCUAUUUUUAUAGAACAAGAAUUAAUAUACGCGUUUAAAUGCUUAAGAAUAAUCUAAAAAUUUAUUAAUUCAAAGACAAGUAAUCUCCUAAAACACGUUAAAAUAUGUAAAUGAUAAAUUCGUUCUAAAAUAUUGUACUGUGGUCCCUUCUUAUUCGGAUUCAACUAUAAGUAAUGACUAUGUAACACUUUUUCUUUUAAUAUAAGUAAUCAACGAUUAUAUUUUUCUUAUGAAGACGCACCAAUAUUCGUCGUACUCAAGGAAGUAAGUCAGCAUUAACAAUUAUUAUAAUUUCCAGUACAAAUGAGAACACAAAAAAUGCGAGUAAAACUUCGGGAAUGAAUGGA